GGAAGCCACAUUAGCCUUAUAUGCAGGUCCUCCAUCCUGGGACUGUUGGAUUUUGUGGAGAGAGGAAAACCUGAGAACCCAGAGAAAAACCCUUGGAGCAAGGCGAGAACCAACAACAAACUCAACCCACAUAUGGCAUCGGGCAAGAAUAGCGAGCCCGGGACACAUUGGUGGGAGGCGAGCGCUCUCAUCACGGCGCCAUCCAUGCUCGCCCUUAUUGUUCUAUUAGCAUUUGCGACAUUCAUAACUUAUGUGUACUUUUUCAUUGACUCAUCAGUGAUCUUCAUAAGAAGGAUAUAAUUUAACUUUGUACAGCUCUAAGCUAGUCAGUUAAGUACUUUUAUAGUGUGGUAGCACCUGCCGGCCUGUUGUUUAUAUCUGAUGGCCUCCAGCUGCCAUUUAAUUUUCCAACAAAUUGCUUCAGAUUUCGUCGCGCAAGAGACAGAGAAAGUCUUGACCUCGACGUAUUUUUGCACGAGUGCAAAUCAACUAUUCGCUGUUAUAACGAUUAUUGUUUUCAAAUAACUAUUCCCAGACUGAGGGAAUAAGGUUUUCAACGUACCAAUACUGGAAGCUUAUGAUGAGUCGCUUCCAUCCCUGCACUUGGGGGUUGGCGGUUUUCUGUUAUUAAUAAAUUAUCAGUUCGUUUUUCAUUAACUCUUUGCAAAAACCUGCAUUUUCUCCUUUCCUGAGCUUAUGUCGGGUUUAGUGUCGUGGAAAGAGGAUUUAACAGAGAGCUUUCGUGUUUUCGCAUUUGGAAAUUUCCAAACGAGUUAAUGAGUGGAUAAAACCAUAUAACGAGAGGUAUAUAAUAAACAGAACUGCUUACAACCCGCUGUAGGCAGUAAUAUCUAUAUCUGCGCCGGUGAACCGUUUAGACGUCACAAGCUGGACCCCUGCUUUUAACUCCUAGACGUCAAGGUGAUAAUUUUAAAAAUGUCGUUAGUUCAAGAAUACGGGGGGAGAUGUGUUGUAGUAGUAAGGGAAACUUGCACAUUUUGAAUUUUUGUCCAGAGAGGUUGUGUACGGUAAAGCUGAUCGGAUAUAUCGCUACGACAGAAGCGUCAGGAGCUCGCUAAAGUCCUCAGGUAUAACAACAACAUUCUGUUAUUUAUUAAAACGACUUAAGUUGAAAGAGUUUUUCUAUGGGCGCUUGGAACAAUGCCAUAGCGGUUUCUGCUUUUAUACAUGUGUAUUCUAUUUUAAAAUGCUCUGUCUUUGUUUUUAGUCAAACGUGGUUGUCAUUUUGAAGUACGUUGCUGGAGAAUGCAUUUAAUCUCCAAAAGGUAUUUUGAUAAUGGAGGAAAAUUCCCUGCUGGCAUGGCUUUGAGGUUUUUGUACUUGGCUAGUUUCCUGAAAAUUGCUAACGGAGGAUGCAAUGAAGCCUGCAAUAGAAGCGUUGAUGAUUUACUUGUCUGGAUUAAAAAUGGCUACGACGGUUCCGUGAGACCAAAUUCGACUGGGGGCCCAGUUGUGGUUGAUGUGGAGACGUAUGUAUCAAGUGUAAGCUCCAUCAAUGAAAAGGAUAUGGAAUUCUCGCUAGACAUGUUCUUCCGACAGCGUUGGAAGGACACGCGCCUUGUGUACAGGCCACUUCCGGGAAAAGAAGCGGACCAGAGAGUGAUCCUCAGUCCGGCACUCAGGAAGCAUGUCUGGCAGCCUGAUGUUUACUUCCGGAACAGCAAGGAAGCGCGUUUUCACAUGGUACCAACUCAAAAUGUUCUGUUCGGUAUCAGCCCUGACGGAAGCAUUCUACUGAGCGCAAGAAUCACCACCGUGCUUGCCUGUCAGAUGAAUUUUCGUGAAUUUCCUAUGGAUCAACAGACCUGCCAUUUCUAUGUUGGUUGCUAUUCCCAGACGGAGGAUAACGUGAUCGUAAGAUGGAGGAAUGGUAAUGGAGUGAUUGUGCCCAAAGACAUGGAGAUUCCUCAGUAUGACUUAAGUUCAGUGGUCAGCAAAGAUAAGAGAGGAGUCUACAACACAGGUGUUUUCUCCGAGCCUGAGGCUACAUUUAUCUUUAAAAGACGCCUGAUGUUCUACGUGUAUGGGUUUUACCUUCCUAUCACUCUAGUCGUUCUCCUCAGCUGGAUCUCAUUUUGGAUUGACCCGGAAUCCACCCCUGCCCGCGUCUCCCUUGGAGUCAUAACUAUUCUAGCCAUGGGGAACUUCCUCCACGGCGGCGGCGCCACUCCAAAUGUGUCGUAUGCUACAGCUCUUGAUGUGUACGUUAUCACGUGUUUUGUGUUCGUAUUUGCCAGCUUGAUGGAGUAUGCUGCGGUGCACUGUGCUCUAAUGAAAUAUCAGGAAUCAAACAUGAAUGAGCCUUGUACUUUGGUUAAAGUCGCCGAGUCACUGAAAUCCGAGGGCGCCACGGAAGGCAUGGAGAAUGAAAGCGUUUCAAGUUCGAGUACUGUUCGUCUCGCUGUGACGACAAACAACAAUGAAGAGGACAGAUCUAGAUCCUCGUUAAGUCGAAAGUCUUUCACCCAAGAGGCCAAGAUGUACUACUUCCAGUUCAACUCCCAUUCACUGGAAAGUUAUUCAAGAGUUGCAUUUCCUCUUCUCUUCGCAAUAUUUAACCUCAUUUACUGGUUGAGAUAUUGUGGACAAGGAGACAAAAACCAUGGUAUCUGCUAAUAGUCGUAGAUGCCAAUUAGAAAUUUACUUAGAACUCAAGCCAGCGCUGAAUGCAAUAUUGGGAGUUCCAGCUGGCUUUUCUGUUUGCAUUGAGUUUUUUUUUUCAAAGAAAUACAUGUAAAACCCUGUCGAAACUAGAACUGUUUUGCGAUCAAACACGAUCAAACAUUGUUUGGUGACAAACAUAUUGAUGUUGUACUGUGUGACCAAACGGCAUCAAACAUGUUCAAACGGACAAAAUGUUUACAGUGUUUGAUCGAAUGUUUGACUUCGUUCAAAUUUCAUCAAAGACGAUCCAACACGAUCAAACAAGGUGUCUAAACGGGAAAAUGUUUGGUCACCAAACAAUGGUUGAUCGUGUUUGAUCGCCAAACAUUUCCCGUUUGGACAGGGCUUUAUAAAUGUAAAAAAAAAAAACCAACCAGGCUUGCAUAAAUGGACGGGUCCAUUCAAGAUGUUCUCACAGUAAAUAACGUUAAGAGACUCCAAGCCCUGAAUUCACGCAUCUUUGGCAUAAAGGGCUCCUAUUCAUACCAAACUUGUUUCAAGAUUUCUUUCAAAACGCCAGUAAAAUACACGGAUACGAUACUAGAUAUGCAUCUUGGCAAAAUUUAUACAUAUCAGAAGUACGUACCAAUCUGGAAAACAAACAAUAGCUUACACAGCGACUAUUCUCUGGAACCAGCAUUCUACUCACCUUAAAGAUCUCAAUGUCUUCAACUUCUUGAAACAUUGAACUGAACCUUUAUUUACUGUCAGAACAACAUUUUGAAAACAUGUAAUAUAUUCUCUUUUCUGUUAUACUAUGAACACAUCUCUGUAUGUUCUGUAUGCUCUGAAUAGCUAUAGAACCAUUUACAAAAAUAGGUACGCAGUGCGUACAUGAUCGGACAUGCAAUACAUGCAUGUUACCUCAUUAACAGUAAUACGUUUCUUUGUAGUGAUCCUUCAUCAUUUAUUUGAAACAUGAACAACGCAUAUAUAGACAUAAAACCAACUACUAAAACGGAUUUAUUUAGAGACAAUGAGUCUUUAAAGAACAAGUAAAGACCGUUUAUUACAAGCUUGCUUAGAUGACAACUCAGAUGGUACAAAUAUGGAAUGAUUUCUACGACUCUGGUCAUUGUGUACUGUCUUGUGAAACCUUUUCUAGCCAAAUUAUACUUGUUUACACUGACAAGUCUGUUAUGCUGAAAAUGUGAAGUAGGUUAGGCCAGUAAGAUGCAUAUGUAGCCUCUUUUAUUCUGCUUGUCCUACAAGCAGAAUAAAAGAGGCUAUGAAUUAUAAUCAUUAUAAUUUAUUACCAAUUGUUUUAUAUCGAAUGAGCUUUGAUAUUCCCUGCCAAACUUUCACUGAAGUGCAAGCUAAAAUUAGAGUUAAAUACAGACACUUUCUAUGGUAACUCACAAAGAAGCAAAAACGAUUGCCGAGUGCACUUUGACAGCAAGUUGUAUAAAGAAUCCCCCUUGUGUAAGAUCUGGGCCAUACCAGCAGCGCUGGAAAUCAGUCUAUGGUUUUGAAAAACAAUGUAAAUUAGAGAGUUUGCUACACAGUGCUUCCUUGUGAGUAAGGGGCAGAAAUAGUUUAACUGACAUCAAAGUCAGUCACAAUUGGGGCUGGGUUUGUCUCAACGCAGUCAACUUGACACCGCUGCCAAGUCGAAUUCUUAAUUCAGCGAUAUAACCUUUACAGAAACGAUACAAAAAUAUCUGUGUAAGCCAGAGACGAUUCAUUUUCGUUAUUUCGAAAUGACGAAUCACACAUUUCAGUACUGCUAAAUAAAUCGAUAUGAGGUAAACAAAAGCAGCAUAGCACACCAGAAUGUUUCCUAGGAGCUUCCUCGAUACUCCCCGAAAGCUAAAUAAAUGCUAUGCAUGGCAGCAACAAGUCUGUACGUUUUGUGUUAUAGCUUUUGUGCCCAAAUUCAGUGCAGAAUGAUCAAGGUGCUCAGAACUAAUUCGAAGUUUCUCAAGGAAACUGAUCAACGUAAUUCUCGAUAAGGUAUUAUUUAGCAUGUGUUGCAGCCGGAUGCGUCACAAAAUCCCCGGUAUGGUCUAAACCGGCGGUUUAGGCCGUAUGCGACGCAGGCAAGGUAUUAUUUUACUCAGGUUUGUUCAAAAAUGCUCCAAGGUUAUUUCAAAGUCACACAAUCGUGCGAUCACGCUCGCGAUCGAAGUAAGGUGCUACUUGAGUAUCGAUCCUCGCUCUGAUGCAAUGUGUUUGCAUGUUGUAGUCAAAUUAAAAUGAAGAGAAAAUGCUCACGUUUUGUUCUCAAACAGCUAAGCCACACACAAGGAACUUGCUGGUGAACAGCCACGCAACACACAAAGAAC